CAACUCAUUUAGACUAAAGAGUUAUUUUAACAAACAUAUGUGUAUUGACAUAGAAAAGAAACCUUGUGCAUGAGGUAUAUAGCAACUCAUUUAGACAGUAUGUUUCUUUAACAAGCAUCUGCAUAUGCAUACAGGAAAAAAAAGUGCAUGUGUAAGGUAUGAGAAUUCAUUUAGAUGAAAGAGGACCUUAAACAUGAAUAUCCUUAUUCAAGCAGGAAAGAAACCUUAUGUGUGUGAUAUAUGUAAUAAGUUAUUUACUCUAAAAGGUAACUUAAACAACCAUAUGCUUCUUCACACAGGAGAGAAACCUUAUGUGUGUGAUGUUUGUAAUAAGUCUUUUGCUUACAAACUAAGUUUAAAGAAACAUAUGCUUAGUCACACAGGAGAGAAACCUUAUGUGUGUGAGGUAUGUAACAAGCCAUUUACUCAAAAAGGUCAUUUAAAUGAACAUUUACUUAUUCACACAGGAAAGAAACCUUAUGUGUGUGAGGUAUGUAACAAGUCAUUUGCUCAUAAAGGUCAUUUAAACAAACAUAUACAUAUUCACACGGGAAAGAAGCCUUAUGUGUGUGAUGUAUGUAAUAAGUCAUUUGCUUACAAACCUAGUUUAAACAACCAUAUACGUAUUAACACAGGAGAGAAACGUCAUGUGUGUGUCUUGUGUAACAAGUCAUUUACCCACAAAGGUCAUUUAAACGAGCAUAUACUUAUUCACACAGGAAAGAAACCUCAUGUGUGUGAGGUAUGUAAUAAGUCAUUUACUCUAAAAAGUCAUUUAACGAACCAUGUGCUUCUUCACACAGGAGAGAAAUCUCAUGUGUGCGAGAUAUGUAAUAAGUCAUUUGCUUACAAACUUAGUUUAAACAACCAUAUACUUAUUCACACAGGAGAAAAACCUCAUGUGUGUGAGGUAUGCAACAAAUCAUUUACUCAAAGAGGUCAUUUAAAUGAACAUAUACGUAUUCACACAGGAAAGAAACCUCAUGUGUGUGAUGUAUGUAAUAAGGCCUUUACUCACAAUUGUAGUUUAAAGAACCAUAUACUUACUCACACAGGAGAGAAACCUUAUGUGUGUGAUGUAUGUAAUAAGUCAUUUGCUUACAUGCGCAGUUUAAAGGACCAUAUACUUAUUCACACAGGAGAGAAACCUCAUGUGUGUAAGGUUUGUAAGAAGUCAUUUACUCAAAAAGUUCAUUUAAAUGAACAUAUACUUAUUCACACAGGAAAGAAACCUCAUGUGUGUGAGUUAUGUAAUAAGUCAUUUACUCUAAAAGUUAAUUUAAACCGUCAUAUUGUUAUUCACACAGGAGAAAAACCUUAUGUUUGUGAGAUAUGUAAUAAGUCAUUUGCUUACAAACUUAGUUUAAAGAAACAUAUACUUAUUCACACAGGAGAGAAACCUCAUGUGUGUGAGGUAUGUAACAAGUCAUUUACUCAAAAAGGUCAUUUAAAGGAACAUAUACUUAUUCACACAGGAAAGAAACCUCAUGUGUGUGGCAUAUGUAAUAAGUCAUUUUUUCACAAACAUAAUUUAAAGAACCAUAUAGUUAUUCACACAGGAGAGAAAUAUGUGUGUGAUGUAUGUAAUAAGUCAUUUGCUUGCAAACGUAGUUUUAAACAACCAUAUACUUAUUCACACUGGAGAGAAAACCUCCUAUGUGAUGUAUGUAUGUAA